AACAUGCUUUCGAAUCGUUAAAUUUAGGAUUGCAAUAUAUGGAUGACCAUAUUUCAGAUAUCAAUUUGGAUGGCCUUUUAGGUGUUAGGUUCGUGGAAGAGCUCUUUAGAGUUUGGCUUGGGAACUAUCAAGGUCACAUUUGCGAGGUACGAAACCCUUACUGCACGGAAGUAAAGAAGUUACAUAAGAAAGCUCGAGUCAUAGCAGAUAGGGGUAUACCGUACAUUCAAGAAAAUGAGCCUGAAUAUUUUGCAAGCAUAGGGGUAGUUUUACAAGCCAAUGAAAAUUUGCCGUGGUAUCCCAGCCGAAGUACCGAUCCAAAAUUCUUGGAACAAAGAGGACCUUGCAAAGACUCAGCUUUCAAUGAGUCGUUCUCUGAUGUGUGCCUCAAAGAGAUCUACUUGCCCGAGAAAGAUCAUUGUAAAAUUUCGAACGAAUGCACAGCCUAUAUGACUAAGCACCAUCAGACUGGUUAUAUUCUGACGCAUCAAGUACUUUACCAUCAGCUAGUGCAAAAGAUCCACAACUCGAAAAGUAAAUGCUUAAGCCGACUAAACUACAUGAAUUCUGAUUUUGAAGUAAGUUUAUGCACCAAUGUUUUACGUGAUGCAAAUGAAACGGCUAGCAGCGGCUAUCCUCUGAGUCAUCGAGAUUUGUUUAUGGAACAAAUUGGCCUUUGUGGAUAUUGGGGAUUUAGAGAUUUCUACAAGCAAGAAUGGCUCACAGAAAUUUUGAGUUGGCAGCACAGCUCUGGUUGCUACAAAAAUGCUUCAAAAUGGAAAUGCACAGAUCACGUGGGUCCAUAUAGAUCAAUAGUUAAAAGAGAGGAGAAACUUAUGGAAGACGGAUGUUUGUCACACAAAACAACAUUGGCAUUGCUAGCCAUUGCUGCUAGUAUAAGGUAUAACGUCGAAAAAAUUUCAGCCUGAAAAAUACUGAAUGUGAAAGCAAUUUAUUAAUCUGGCUGUUCAAUGCUUAUUAGCUCCUAUAGAAGAAGUUUGUUACAAUUAAUGGCUUGGAUAAGUUUAUUCACUUUAACUUAAUUUAGGCUUUGUUUUUAAUUUAUUUUUCUUUAAAUUAUUGAAUUCUCACUUUUCUGUCAUACACACGAA